GCAUUCCAAAUGGAGCACAACUGUGCCUCCCGUGCUGGACUCUCUUCAUUCUGUUUGGGGACAACAGAGAGCAGGAUGUGGCCACUUGAUUAUCCUUCGCUGCUGAAGUUUUCAGCCCCAGAGUCCUGGCUUUUCCUUGGGACAAUUUAGGUGUCCUGCCCAGAGCCAAAUGUGGACUGUCCUAAGAAAUCUGGAGCCGAGGAAGCUCGCCAGAGCUCUGCGGGGAGGGCCAGAGCCUUGCUAAAGCAAAGAGAGAGGAAAAUAAGCUUUUCAGUUCUCCACGAAGUGGACUAUGUUCUGCCAUUCAUUCCCACAGCUCCCGGCAGCAUUCCUCCCAGGAAGGGUGGAGCAGGACGAGAGAAGCCGGAGGUGAGAAGACAUCUGGGAGGACGGUGCAUUCAUUUUCUGAAUUUCCCACGUGGGGACAGUCUCAGAGCCGACCAGGCUUUGAGGCGCUGGGAAGAUGAGCAGUAACGGCAGUGCAGUGGGCCAGCUCCCGCAGCCCGGGUCGCUGUGUGUCGGCUGGAGGCCGGAUCUGGAAGGGGCUGUCUACCACCUGGCCCACUGCUUCUUGCUCCUGGGCUUCAUGGGGGGCAGUGGGGUGUACGGGUGCUUCUACCUCUUUGGCUUCCUGGGCACGGGCUACCUGUGCUGUGUGCUGUGGGGCUGGUUCGGUGCCUGCGGCCUGGACGUCGUGCUGUGGAGCGUCCUGCUGGCCGUGGCCUGUGUGCUCCAGCUGGCCCACCUGCUGUACCGCCUGCGCGAGGACGCCCUCCCCGAGGAGUUCGAGCUCCUCUACAAGACGCUGUGCCUGCCCCUGCAGGUGCCCCUGCCGGCGUACCGGGAGGUGGUGCGCUGCUGUGAGGGGAAGGUCUUGACCCUGGCCACGGAGGAGACCUACGCCGUGGAGGGCGAGACACCCAUUAACCGCCUGUCCCUGCUGCUCUCUGGCCGGGUUCGUGUGAGCCAGGACGGGCAGUUUCUGCACUACAUCUUUCCUUACCAGUUCAUGGACUCUCCUGAGUGGGAAUCGCUGCACCCCUCUGAGGAGGGGGUCUUUCAGGUCACUCUGACAGCUGAGACUGAAUGUAGCUACAUUUCCUGGCCCCGGAAAAAUCUCCACCUUCUUCUGACCAAAGAGCGAUACCUCUCUCGCCUCUUCUCGGCCCUGCUGGGCUAUGACAUCUCAGAGAAGCUCUAUGCGCUCAACGACAAGCUCUUUGCUAAGUUCGGGCUGCGCUUUGACAUCCGUCUCCCCAGCCUCUACCAUGUCCUGGGUCCUGCUGCUUCAGAGGCAGGACCAGAGUCGGAGAAGGAUGACGAGGAAGUCCGGGAGCCAGCCGCGUCCCCUCCUCAGGCCCGGCCCACAUCUGUCCGGCAAACACCCCCCAGCUCUCCCUCGCCGGCAGCCACCAACCCUCCGGCACCUCCUCCCUGGGCCAGGACGUCCAGGCCCGACAGCGGCGUCCUGGGUGAGGACUCCACCAGUCUGGUGCUGGAGGAUUUUGAGGAGGUGUCAGGAUCAGAGUCAUUCAUGGAUUAUAGGAGUGAUGGGGAGUACAUGAGGUGAGGGGAGAGCUAACGUGGGCACAGCCGCCGGGCUCAGCAUCCUGUCUUCUAGAACUCCUCUCCAGAGCUACUCUCAAGUUAUGUCCAGGGGACAGGCCCCCUUGGCUCCAACCCAGACUCCUGAACUGUAAGGAUCAAAGGACAAUCCCCUGGCCACGUCAUCUUCCCAGGAAGGUCACUUGUGUGCACACCCUCCUUCUCACCCACUGGCCGGCUCGCAGGCGAGGUCAGAGCAGACACAGAAGAUUCCGGCACUGCAGCCACACCAAGGGCCCUGAGUGACUUCGAGAACUGUGCCUUCACCAGCCUUCCUUCCUGGAGAAGGCAUCCAAAAUCGCAAAAGCACAGAUUCUUUCCUUUACUAACUGCAGGAUCUUGGGCAAGUUACAUAGCCUCGCUGAGCAUCAUCUGUAAAGUGGGGAUUACAAAACCCACUUCACAGGGUUGUGAGGAUUCCAUGAGUCGAUUUAAGUAAAGCACCUAGGAUGUGGUAUGACACCUAGUCAGCACUCCAUAAAUCACUCAUUUCCUUUCCCUAUGUUGUUUCUUUCAAUUUUCUGAAAGGAUCAAUGAAGUCAGCUAUCUAAGAAGUUUUCACUGUUUUUGUCCUGUUUUGUUCAUUUAAAUUUGUUUCAAUUAAGAGUCAGCUUAAGGAAGUAGAAAUUUUAGAACCUAGUUUGCCCUUAAGCUUUACGUUCAACUUACAAAUCUUUUGCUCUAUUUAUGAUCCUAAUAUUAAACAAUAGUUUUUAGAGGGAUUGUUACAAAUUUAUUUCAUUAAAUUUCCUUAGAUAUUUUAAAGUAGAUUUACAAAUAUAACAUAUUCUAUUUUAUUUUUCCCCUAAAUACUUCCAUAUGGUUACCUAUCGCUGUACCACGUUUAUCCCUAAAGCAGUGACUCAAAAUUGCCACAGUAAUAUGUUUUGCUUAUGAAUGUGGGGCUGGAUUGGGCUCAUCUGGGCCCUUCUCACUCAAGGUUUCUCCUACUAUUGCAUUCAGACAGUGGCUAUGGUGAGAAUCACCUCGAAGUCUUCUUCACGCGUGUGUCUGGGGCCCAGGCUGGGAAGCCUCAGACAGAGGAGGGCUGGAACAGCUGGAGAUCCUUGGGCUUCUCUUGCUCUCUCAGCAGUCUGUUCAUUUUGUUGCUGUGUAGGACUCUGUUGUAUGACUAUCCCACAAUCUAUUUAUCCAUUCUACCACUGAUGAGCAUUUGGGUAGCUUCUAGCUUGGGGCAAUUAUGAAUAGCACGGCUAUGAACAUUCUUGAACUUAUCUUUUGGUACACAUACACAUACAUUUUGGGGGUAUAUACUUAGGGCUGGAAUUACUGAGGCACUGGGUAUGCAUAUAUAUGUUCAACUAUAGUACAUACUGUCAGUUUUCCUAAGUGAUUGUACCAGUUAAUAUUCCCACGAGCAGUGUCUGAGUGUUCUGGUUGCUUCUCAACCUCUCCAACAGUUGGUAUUGUCUUUUUUUUUUUCCCUUCAUUUUAGCCCUUUGGGUGUAUACAGUGGCAUAUCAGUGUGGCUUUAAUCUUCACCUCCCUGAUGAAGAAUAAGGUUGAGUACCUUUUUCUGUUUUAUUAGCCAUAUAGAUAUCCUCUAUUGUGAAGUGUCUAUUCUAGUUCUUGUCUGUUUCUCUGUUUGUUUGUAUGCUCUUCUCAUUCACUUCAAGGAAUUCUUUAAAUAUUCAGGUUUAAAGUUUUUUGUUGCUUCUAUGUAUUCAAAUGUAUUCUCCCAAUUUGUGACUUCUUUUUUUCUCUAAAUGGUGUCUUCUGAUGAACAUAAGUUCUUAAUUUCAAUGCAGUAAUUUAUCAGUCUCUUCCUCCAUCAUUAUUGCUUUCUGUGUCAUGUUUAAGAAAGCUUUUCCUCCCAUGGAGAUAUUCUAUGUUACCUUCUAGAUGUUUUAUCGUUUUACAUUUCACAGUUAGAGCUAAGCAAUCUGGAUUUGAUUUUUGUGUAUAGGAUGGACUAAGGAUCAAAUCUUUUAUUUUCUAGUGAAUAUCCAAUAGGUAGCACUACUUAUUGAAUGGAUUGUCCUAUCCCCACUAGUGUUCAAUGACCCCUUUGUCAUAAAUCAAAUAUCCAUAUAUUCGUAGGUCUGCUAGAUCUUCUGUUCUUUUAGUCUAUUUUUCUACCUGUUGACAAUACCACCUGGUUGUAAUUAUUGUAGCUUUAUAAGUUUUGAUAUCUGUUGAUCUUCAAACUUCAUUCUUCUUCAAGUCUUGGCUAUUCUUGGCCUUUCCCUUUGUAUUUCCGUAUAAAUUUUAGAAUUAGCUUGUUACUUUCCACAAAAAUAUAAACUCUGCUAGGAUUAUUAGAAUCAUAUUCACACUGUGGAUUAGGUUGGUAAAGAGUUGAUAUCUUUAUAAUAUUGAUUUUUUCAAUAUAUGAACAUAGUAUAGCACUUAAUUUAUUUUGGUUUUUAAAAUUUUCUUUCCAUAGUGUUUUGUAGUUUAUUAUGAAGAUGUCCUUGCACAGAUUUUGUUAGAAUUAUUUCUAGGUAUUUGGUAAAUUUGAUGCUAUUGUAAAUACUAUUGUUUAAUUUUUUUUACAUUCUAAUAUUUUAUUACUGGCAUACAGAAAAAUAAUGGAUUUUUAUAUCUUCAACUUCCAUCCAGAGUUUUUGAUAAAUUCACUUAUCAAUUCUAAUCACUAAUCCAUAGAGUGUUCAAGAUUUUCCAUAAAUAUGUUCACAUCCUCUGUAAAUAAUGAUAGCUUUAUUUCUUCCUUCCUGACCUAUACAUUUCCCUGUCCCGUCCUCCUCCUCCCCCUCCCCACCUCCUCCUCCUUCUCCUUCUUUUGGCACCUUGUCGCUCUGAGUAGGACCUCUAGUACAGGGAUGGAUGGAUAGCAGGGAUGAUGAGGACAUCCUUCUCUCAUACCUGACCUUAAGGAAAAUGUUUUCAAUAUUUCACCAUCAAGUAUAACAUGUGCUAUUAGAUUUUUAUAAUACUCCUAUCAGAUUAAAGAAUUUCUAUUCCUAAUUUGCUUGAGGGUUUUUUAAAAUUAUGAAUGAGUACUGAAUUUUAUCAAUUAUUUUCUGCAUUAAUUGAGUGUAUUUUUCUUCCUUAUUCUGUAAUGAAGUACAUUAAUAGAUAUGUGAAUGUUAAAACAAACUUGCAUCCCUGGAACAAAUCCAGUUUUAUGAUGAUGUAUUUUCCUCUUGAUGUAUCUGUGAACUUGAUUUGUAAAUAUUUUGUUUAGGACUUUUACAUCCAUGUAUCUUACCAUAUAAUUGUCAGGUUUUAAUAUCAACGUUAUGCUGACUUUGUGAAAGGAGUUGGGAAGCAGUUGCUCUCUCUCUCUCCCUCUGUCCUUUGGAAGAGUUCUUUAAACCAAAAAUGUUUUAUAACUCUUCAUUCCCACCUCACCACUUGACCUCUGUUCUCUCUCUCUUCUACUCCACUCACUAGCCCAGGCCCAAAACCUUGGAGUCUUUCCAUCAGUCUUGUUAGCUCUGUCUUCACAAUAUACCCCAAAUUCAACUCAACACCCCCACUGCCACCACUAAUUUCAAGCCACCAUUAUUUCAUACUUAGAUUAACUUCAAUAGAUUUAUAAUUGGCUCCUAAUUUCUCCUGUCCCUCGUCCCCAUAAUCUAUUCCACACAAAGUGAUCAUUUAAACAUAUAUAUGAUCUCUUCACUGUCUUGCUAAAAAUUUCAAAUAACUUCCUAUUACACUUAAAAUAAAUUAAAUUUCUUACUGUGAUAUUGGUUAGAAUCAGUUUGUCAUUACUUAAUAGCACACAGAUUUAUCACUUUUACUUAAAGUCUGCUGAGAAUCUGCAUGACUCAUCAGAGCAACUGUCUUCAUGUUGCAACUCAAUGAUUCAACCUACUUUGACCUCCUGGCUCUGUCACUUGAAAAAAGAAACAGCUUGACAUUCCUGUGCUGACUGAAUUUGUGUCAGAAAUGACACAAAUCACUUCUGCCCACAGUCCGUUGACUAGAGCUAGUCACAUGGACAUACUUAAUAAUCAACUCUGUGCUUUGAUGAUUAAAGGGACUGGGAAAUGUGGGUGAAUACAAGGAAUGUUUUAUGAAGGCUACUCUUUUAGCCACUUAUGACCCACAAGGCCCCACCUGCCUAGCUGUCCAACCAUACUUUGCUCACUUUCUCACUCAUCAUGUUUCAGCCACACUAGACUUUUGGGUGCUCCUCACACAUACCCAGUUCCUUUCUAUAUCAGAGCCUUUGCAGUUUUUCCUUCUCUCUGCAUUGUUUUCAAUCAUACCUUUUCCUGGCUGACUUCUUCCAGUCAUUCAGUUCUCAGCUCAAUGUCACCAUCCCAGCUAAGAUACCCACCUCACCUCACCAUCACCCUUUGUCUUCUUGCCUUGAUUGGACUUUCUUCAGAGCUCUACUUUUUCUUUCCUCUCUUUCUAGGAUUCUAAUUACAUGCAUGGGAGUACGGUGUGUCCCAUAUAGCUCUUUUGUUCUUUCCUCAUUUUUUUUCUAAAAUUACACUGUGUAUUUAUUUUCUUUCUUGUUUGAUAUCUGUCUCUCCCAUGUACAUAUCACAAUAGAAGCCCCUUGUCAUCCUGAGAAAUCCAAUAAGUCUCCUGUUAAUCUUUGAGGGCUGUUGUAGGGAGUGAAUGAAGCAACACACAACAAAAAAGCUCACUGUACAUUGUAAAUUGAGACUCAAUGUUACCUUGGGUGUGGGACCACACCCCAAGCUGGAGAAUCACCCAGGCAGAGCUGUUGUUAUACACACAUACAUAGUGGUACAUAGCAGAGAUUCCUCAGGAUGGGGACUUUUUUAAUGUGUUUGUUUAUUUUUAAGAGGAUCAGACCUUACAUGAUAGAAGUUGUGCUUUUGUUAUGUAACGUCAUAUGUAACGGCAGACAUCUGGAUUCUAAUAAGGGUUAUAGAUAAGUCAUAGAUUAAAAAAUUUAACCACGUUA